CAGCCACAGGAGGCUCCCUUUACCCAGCAUGCACCAGGCCCCGUGUUUGAGCCAGGGACGCUCCCCGUCUACUGGGGACACAGAAGCAUAAAGCCAUCGUUUCCACUUGAUAUGGUGGCGCUGAGGCAGAGGGGAACAGCACAGCCUGGCUGGGGGCCAGGGGAGCCUAGCCUUGAGGUGGAGGUAAGAGUCAGGAGGGCAAGAAGCUGGGGGCCUGAGCUCUGAGGUCCACGCAGGCUCUGACGUUCAGAGAUGCUGCUUCUCAUCCAUGAGGCUUCCCGGAUUCUCCAACGUUCUGUGGGCCCGGGGAGACUUAGAAACUCUCGGAAGGGUCAGCAGCCCCAACCAGCAACACACGAAGAAGUACAGGCUGUGACUCUGACUCAUCCUCUUGGGGUCCCUCCCGCUCCCAGCUCCCCUUCUCACCCUCCUAAAGCUAACCCCACAGCCCCUGCAGCUCAGCCCUGCCCCAUCCCCCAGGUCUGAGGGUGGGCCGCCUGCAGGUCCAAGAACCCCGAUGGGGGCCUCUGGGGGCCUGGGCUCCACGGGACCUCUAUUGAGCCACUUCGCGUCUCUGCAUCUUUGUUUUCCCUUCUGUGAAUGAGCAGGAGGCCGGGCCAGGUAUCAAGAGCUAACAUCCACUGAGCGUUCACAACAUGCAAGUUCCUUUGCCGAUCACUUCUCAUGCAAGAUUUCCUCUAACGCCCUGACACCCCUCCAGAGUGGGAGCUACGAUUCCAUUUUACAAAUGAGGGAACGGAGCUCAGAGAAUAAUCCAGGCUGCUUGCCUUGCGUUUGUAAAAAUACCAAAAAGCACACACAAGAAAAUGAAAUCACCCACAGAUACCCGCUAAUAAGAUUCCGAUAUAUGUUUCCUUCCAGGAGUUUAUAAUUAUAAUCCAACCCUUAUUAAUUUCUUUCCUAGAUAUUGAAGCUUCUAACUUUAUUCCUCUGCUUAAGAGGAAAACAUCCCAGAAUGGGUGUCAUCUUUCACUACAAACUUCAUUAAGUGCCAAUGCUUCCAUUAACUAUUCACACCUUCAUUAACUAUCAACAAUUUCAUUAACUGUUAAUGCCUUAAUUGUUGACUUUUCGGAAGAAGUCAGCAGGAAGCCAGCUGAAAGACACCGAGAAGUGGCCUUGGUCCCGGCUGCCCAGAGUGUUGGGGUCUGCGUCGAGUGAUGCUACGGGCCCACCGCCAGGCCUGGUGCUGGCAGGAUGAAUGGACAGAGCUGAGCAUGGCUGACAUCCGGGCGUUGGAGGAAGAGACUGCCCGCAUGUUGGCACAGCGCAUGGCCAAGUGCAACACGGGCGGUGAGGGGCCCGAAGCCCAGGCCCCUGGGAAGCCUAGUGCUGAGGCCCGGGCUGCGGCCAGCCAUGCUGGCACCCCCGACCGGCCCGAGGCACCCUCCGGCCCCGAUGCCUCGCCCGAUGCCAGUUUUGGCAAGCAGUGGUCCUCAUCUUCCCGCUCGUCCUACUCAUCCCAGCAUGGAGGGGGCGUGUCUCCCCAGAGCCUGUCCGAAUGGCGCAUGCAGAACAUCGCCCGAGACUCUGAGAACAGCUCCGAGGAGGAGUUCUUUGAUGCCCACGAAGGCUUCUCGGACAGUGACGAGGUCUUCCCCAAGGAGAUGACCAAGUGGAACUCCAGUGACUUCAUUGAUGCCUUUGCCUCCCCCGUGGAGGCUGAGGGGCCCCCAGACCCUGGAACCGAGGCCACCAAAGACAUCGGGGAUGGGGCCCGAGCGCCCAGGGACUCAGAGGGCCCAGACGGAGCCGGGGAGCUGGGCGCCGAGGCGUGCGCCGUGCACGCCCUCUUCCUCAUCCUGCACAGCGGCAACAUCCUGGACUCAGGCCCUGGAGACGCCAACUCCAAGCAGGCGGACGUGCAGACCCUGAGCCUGGCCUUUGAGGCCGUCACCCGAGUCCAUUUCCCCGAGGCCCUGGGCCACGUGGCGCUGCGUCUGGUGCCCUGCCCGCCCAUCUGCGCGGCCGCCUAUGCCCUUGUCUCCAACCUGAGCCCCUACAGCCACGACGGUGACAGCCUGUCCCGCUCCCAGGACCACAUUCCACUGGCUGCCCUGCCACUGCUGGCCACCUCAUCCUCCCGAUACCAGGGCGCUGUGGCCACCGUCAUCGCCCGCACCAACCAGGCCUAUGCUGCCUUCCUGCGCUCGUCGGAGGGUGCCGGCUUCUGCGGGCAGGUGGCGCUGAUUGGAGACGGCGUGGGCGGAAUCCUGGGCUUUGACGCACUUUGCCACAGUGCCAGCGCGGGCACCGGCAGCCGGGGCAGCAGCCGCCGAGGGAGCAUGAACAAUGAGCUGCUCUCCCCGGAGGUCGGCCCAGUGCGGGACCCCCUGGCAGAUGGGGUGGACGGGCUGGGACGGGCCAGCCCAGAACCCUCAGCCCUGCCUGCCCAGCGUACCCCCAGCGACAUGGCCAGUCCUGAGCCCGAGGGUGCUCAGAACAGCCUGCAGGCGGCCCCCUCCGCCACCUCCUCCGGGGAUCCCAGGCGGGCAAGCACAGCCUCCUGCCCCCCUGCUGCCACUUCUGAGGCUCCUGAUGGCCCCACCAGCGCCGCCCGCCUUGACUUCAAGGUCUCCGGCUUCUUCCUCUUUGGCUCCCCGCUGGGCCUGGUGCUGGCUUUGCGCAAAACCGUGAUGCCCGCCUUGGAGGUGGCCCAGAUGCGGCCCGCCUGUGAGCAGAUCUAUAACCUCUUCCACGCGGCCGACCCCUGCGCCUCCCGCCUCGAGCCCUUGCUGGCCCCCAAGUUCCAAGCUAUCGCCCCACUAGCCGUGCCCCGCUACCAGAAGUUCCCCCUGGGAGACGGCUCAUCCCUGCUGCUGGCUGACACUCUGCAGACCCACUCAGGCCUCUUUCUGGAAGAGCUGGAGAUGUUGGUGCCCUCCACACCCACCUCUGCCAGCGGUGCCUUCUGGAAGGGCAGUGAGUUAGGCACUGAUCCACCGGCCCAGCCAGCUGCCCCCAGCACCACCAGUGAAGUGGUUAAGAUCCUGGAGCGCUGGUGGGGGACGAAGCGGAUUGACUACUCGCUGUACUGCCCCGAGGCGCUCACCGCCUUCCCCACCGUCACGCUGCCCCACCUCUUCCACGCCAGCUACUGGGAGUCGGCUGAUGUGGUGGCCUUCAUCCUGCGCCAGGUGAUCGAGAAGGAGCAGCCACAGCUGACGGAGUGCGAGGAGCCGUCCAUCUACAGCCCGGCCUUCCCCAGAGAAAAGUGGCAGCGCAAACGCACGCAAGUCAAGAUCCGGAAUGUCACUUCCAACCACCGGGCAAGCGACACGGUGGUGUGCGAGGGCCGCCCCCAGGUGCUGAACGGGCGCUUCAUGUACGGGCCCUUGGACGUAGUCACGCUCACCGGAGAGAAGGUGGACGUCUACAUCAUGACGCAGCCGCUGUCAGGCAAGUGGAUCCACUUCGGCACUGAGGUCACCAACAGCUCCGGCCGCCUCACCUUCUCGGUGCCCCUGGAGCGCGCGCUGGGCAUCGGCGUCUACCCGGUGCGCAUGGUGGUCAGGGGCGACCACACGUACGCCGAGUGCUGCCUGACCGUGGUGGCCCGCGGCACGGAGGCCGUGGUCUUCAGCAUCGACGGCUCCUUCACCGCCAGCGUCUCCAUCAUGGGCAGCGACCCCAAGGUGCGCGCCGGCGCAGUGGACGUGGUCAGGCACUGGCAGGACGCCGGCUACCUGAUCGUGUACGUAACGGGCCGGCCCGAUAUGCAGAAGCACCGCGUGGUGGCCUGGCUGUCGCAGCACAACUUUCCUCACGGCGUCGUCUCCUUCUGCGAUGGCCUCACCCACGACCCGCUGCGCCAGAAGGCGAUGUUUCUGCAGAGCCUGGUGCAGGAGGUAGAACUGAACAUCGUGGCCGGCUAUGGGUCCCCCAAAGACGUGGCCGUAUACGCGGCCCUGGGCCUGCCCCCGAGCCAGACCUACAUCGUGGGCCGUGCGGUGCGGAAGCUGCAGGCUCAGUGCCAGUUCCUGUCGGACGGCUACGUGGCCCACCUGGGCCAACUGGAGGCAGGCUCCCACCCUCACGCCCCCACGGGGCCCUCCAGAGCCGCCCUGGCCAAGAGCAGCUACGCCGGGGCCGCCCCCGUGGACUUCCUCCGCAAGCAGAGCCAGCUGCUUCGCUCCAGGGGGCCCAGCCAGGUGGAGCGGGAGAGCCCAGGGACACCGCCCACCACCCUGGCCCGAGGCAAGCCCCGAAGCAUCAGCCUCAAGUUGGACAGCGAAGAGUGAGGCCCGGGGACGUGGUGGCCCGGAGUUAUUUAUUCAUGCACUCAAGGGGCCCGAAUGGCACACGGUGGGGAGGCUGGGGGCCCAGACCUCUGGCCCCCCAACCCCACACCCUACAUCUUUGUCUGCCCCUCGGUGUCACUUCCCUUUCACGGGGGAGGCACCCGGCCUCGGUGGGGGGCGGGGGGGGGGGGAGGAGGAUGCGGCCCAGAGGCUUUUCCAGU